GGGAACGCCGACAGUGGCAGCGGCGCCCAAUGAGAAUGCGGCGGAAGAGGCGGGCGGUUUGUGUUCACUAAGCUUGCGGGGAUCUGGGGCGCUCAGGGCGUGUGCGGAGCGGAGCCGAGCCGAGCCGAGCCGGCGGUCGGGCGAACAAGUGAACGAUGACCCGUGGUAAUCAACGCGAACUUGCUCGCCAGAAAAAUGCAAAGAAAGCAAAUGAGCAAAAUAAGCGGAAAAGAAAGGAUGAUGGUUUAUCUGCUGCAGCCAGAAAGCAGAGGGAUGCUCAAAUAAUGCAGCAAAAGCAAAAAGGAAAUGAUGGAAAAGCUGGCAGAGCUGAAGCAGGAACUUCAAACUAACCUGCGUCUGUGAUACCCUGCCCAACUUUCAAGGAUGGGCGCAUCUAACGAGCAAUGCGGCUUUGUCUUCAAAUAUUGAACAUAGUUAAAACAUUGGAUUCCAGUACUUAAGAAAAUUGCAUUGUUGUAUCUUUACUAUUGGGUUAUGCCAUGUUUAAUGCUGAAGGAAAGUGUCUUGCUUACAGAGUUGUUACUUGAUGCAGUGUUAGACCCUAUGCUGUAGAGGAGCAUUUUCUUCAUGAGCAUAAUUCACCAGGGGUAUUUCCAGUUUAAGCAGAAAAGGUGCUUGCAUUUCGAUUUGUGACCAGCCUUGUAUUUUUGUAUCAAUGCUAACCCUUUAAAUUCUGUUUUAAUAAAGACAGCAUUUAAGUUGACAAAGCUGGGUUUAAGCUGCUUGUCUUUAAGUUGCCUUUAAAGCUUUGCCAUUCUUGAAGCAUCUUUAUUCUGCCUCAGUGAUCCAAAGAUGAAAGGAAAGCAGUUCAGGUUUCAGGUUAUGUGGUAUG